AUGCCAGGCUCAGACGUCUUGGGUCCGAGCCUUUCCGACCCCAGUCAACAGAAGAGGACGGCUACCACCCACCCUUACUCCUCAUCUGUGGGAUCCUCGGCCUCUUCUUCAUCUUCCUCGAUCUUCUCAUUAGAUUGCGUGUCUACCCAGAGUUCAAUCUCAUCAUCCUCGACUACUGCCGUUGAUGUCAUCUGGGAAAACGAUGAAUCAAGAGAGUCAUCAGGCCGAGUGCCUCCAGAGCUCCGGAAGCAUCCCAGACGUACCGCUUGCCCCACGGGUACUUCAAACGGUACAUCUGCUUCGUGCCCUCGACUACCCCCUCCUCUAGUGCGACAGUGUGAUCGCAAGGUGAAUUUUGUCGACAGCCUAGUCGACUCCGCAUCCCAGAUUGUUGAAACAAUAUGGCCCCUAUCGGUAGUUGCUGUUCGGAGUGAAUCUACACUGGGCUGUAAGGGUGUCUUGCCCCUUCGCACUUUCAUUCAAGAAACUCUGCGAAGGUCACGUACUAGCUUUAGUACUUUACAGGUCGCUCUUUACUACCUCAUCAAGAUUCGACCACAUGUUCCAAACCAUGACUUCACCAUGGAACAACCUCGUGACAGCCCAUGCGCUCGAGCGAUGCAAUGCGGACGACGUAUGUUUCUCGCCGCGUUGAUUCUUGCAUCGAAAUACCUGCAGGAUCGCAACUACUCCGCCCGUGCCUGGAGUAAGAUUUCAGGUCUACAAACUCAAGAAAUCAAUCAAAAUGAAAUGAUGUUCUUGCAAGCUGUGGAUUGGAAACUCCAUGUCCCGGAGUCCACCUAUCAUCGAUGGACAGAUAUUGUCCUUAAGUAUACACCUACUCCAACUUCUUCUCCUAGCCCAGAUGAUUGCUGGAAGACAUUGAUUCCAAGAUUGACCCCCGAUCUGGUCACGGUCAACAUCGAACCUUCCAGUCCACCAGACCUGUUCGGCUUGGACUUGCUUGCUGAUGCUCCUUCGCCCCGGCGCUCCCCAUCUCGCGUCAACAGCGUAGCUUCGAUGUGUUCUCUCAAUGAGCAACAGUCUCCCAUCUGUCCACGAUCAAACCCCAUCUUGGAAUCUGCUCCUCGUCUUGAAUCCUCAAAUCCUACCCUUCCGGCAUUGCACAAGCUUGGACUUCUCCCCACACCGCAAAUGACGCCUCAAUCUUGCGCCGCCUCCACUCCUGCAGUGAGUGUUCGUGGUACGUGUUCGAGACGUCCAUCAUUUGCAUCCGCCAUGUCCCAGGCUCAAAACAUGUGCAUGUCACGUCUGGCUCUGGAUACCCGCCCUACUAGCAAGCCUGGUAACUUUGAAGGACUGCCUCCUUUAACGCGUCGGUCUUCUCUUGCGCGCUCCACUUCUUCUGCAUCAUCGCCGGAGUCGAUGGUGUCGGAUGUGUCGACAAUUUCUUCUCGUUCUUCUCGGUCUUCCUCAAUCUCAUCGUGUGCCUCUGCGACUUGCGCGCCUAGUCAGCCUCGGCUGGCUGUCACGGCGACUCGACGUUGCGCUGCGAUGACUUUGAAAGAAUGCCGAAAGAACUUGACCAUACACAGUCCUAUCGACGAGACCUCUCUGGCUGGUGUUUACAGCUCGCCCGACAGCGCCCUAUGCGGAUCUGUUCCUGACUUGUCAAACUUUUCUUUGAACACCCCAGUUGAUAUGACGGCUCAUGAAGCUGCACAAGGAUUAUGUGAGUUGUCUGGCGCUAUGCUACGAUCACAGUCUCCUGUUGGCCAGGUGAAUGAGAGCAGACCCCCUUGCCGGAAACGAGGAAGGACCUCUUCAGAAGAUCAGAUCUUGCAGAGCAAUGUUCGCGAUUUAAUGGCAUCGACGUAUGAAAAUGAGGUCCUUGCAGACGAGAGAAUUGCCCAGUCAUUUCUCCUUCCCAAGGAUGGCCACAGUCUGAGCUCUCUUCAGCUGCCUAUCCCCGUGCCUGUGCCCAAGGGUGGCAUUAAGCGGGCAUGCUGCAGCGCCGAAGUUCGCAGACAUGAGAUUCUGCCAACUACUCCAACGCCUAUGCGAUGA